AUGAACAGGGCAGAACAGACAAGGAAGAGGGAAGACUACAGCAAAAACGUCUCCGUAUCACAUGAAUGGGGGAAAGGACAGAAUAACAAUCAAAACCAGAAAAAAAAGGAGAGAAAAAGGCGAAAUUCGUGUUCAUUCUCUUACAUAGAGAUGAUUGCUUAUGCCAUCCUGAGCUCACCCCAAAAGCGCGCCACGUUAUCUGGGAUCUAUAGUUUCAUCCAGAACAACUAUCCCAGUUUCACUGAGCACAGAGAACGCUGGAAGAACACUGUCCGUCACAAUUUGUCUCUUCAUGAAUGCUUUCAACAUGGAGGGAUGGCAUUUGAUAGAGCUUGCUGUUACUGGCACAUUAAUCCCAGAUUUGUGGCAGCAUUUAGCCGCGGGAAUUUUUCCAGGCGUAAAUCGGUGCACAGCAACAAUCUACCUUUGGAUGUUUGGAACAGUCUAGUUCAGGACCAGAUCGCUGUACAGCGACCCUGCUUGCAGUGCUACAUUCAUAAGUCAAACCCAUCAUUUUCAGUAGUCGCACCCAUGGAACCGCCACCGUAUCAUAUACGAGAGCUUAACUCUAUCGACUGCGCUUCGCACAUUGCCUACCUACCCUAG